AUGAAACAAUCAGAUUUUGUUUCAAUGAGAUUCUCUCUAGCACCAACUCCUCUUCUUCUUCUUGUCCUUCUCCUCUUUUAUCAACAUCAGUCUUCUCCAAACCUAAACUCCAACAGUACUCUCUCUUCUUUCGUGGAUGCUACAUCUCUGGCAAUGUCUCCUUCACCGUUCCUAUCCAUGAACUUUAGCAGUCAUUCAUCAAACUUCACAUUAAUUCCGAGUGCUGAAAAGAAAGAAAAGACGAGGAAUGGAAUAGAGGAGGGUUUAGCGAAAUCAAGAGCGGCUAUACAUGAGGCCGUGAGGUCGAAGAAGUAUGCAUCGGAGAAUGAAGAAACAUUUGUUCCUCAUGGAGCCGUUUACAGAAACGCUUAUGCAUUUCAUCAAAGCCAUAUAGAGAUGGAGAAGAAAUUUAAAGUAUGGGUAUAUAGAGAAGGAGAGAUACCAUUAGUGCACACGGGUCCAUUGAACGGCAUAUAUGGCAUAGAAGGCCAGUUCAUGGACGAGAUCGUGAGAGGUAGGAGCCCAUUCGCUGCUACCCACCCGGACGAGGCUCACACCUUCCUCAUCCCCGUCAGCGUCACCAACAUUGUUCAUUACCUAUACCAGCCGCUCGUGACCUACUCUAGAGAACAACUUCACAAUGUGUUUCUUGACUACGUCAAUGUCGUGGCUCACAAGUAUCCUUAUUGGAAUAGAAGCCUAGGAGCUGACCAUUUCUUCGUUUCUUGCCAUGAUUGGGCACCAGACGUCUCGGGAUCGAACCCGGAGAUGUUGAAAAACAUGAUAAGAGUCCUAUGCAACGCCAACACAUCAGAAGGUUUCAUGCCCCAACGAGAUGUCUCAAUCCCGGAGAUCAAAAUCCCCGUGGGGCAACUAGGACCACCUCGCUUAUCCAGCUCUUCCGGCCAUGACCGACCAACCCUUGCUUUCUUCGCAGGCGGCUCACACGGUUACAUCCGCAAGAUUCUAUUAGAGCAUUGGAAAGACAAAGACCAGGAAGUCCAAGUCCACGAGUACUUACCCAAAAACCAAGACUACUUCAAGCUCAUGUCCAAGGCAAGGUUCUGUCUCUGUCCUAGUGGCUACGAAGUGGCUAGCCCAAGAAUCGUUGCAUCCAUUAACUUAGGUUGCGUCCCAGUCAUCAUCUCUGAUCACUACGCAUUGCCCUUCUCAGACGUUCUUGAUUGGAGUAAGUUCACCAUUCAUAUCCCCUCUGAGAAGAUCCCGGAGAUUAAAACCAUAUUAAAGAACGUGUCGUGGAGACGCUACUUGGUGUUGCAAAGAAGGGUCAUGCAGGUACAGAGACAUUUCGUUCUCAAUAGACCGUCUCAACCGUUUGACAUGCUUAGGAUGCUUCUUCACUCUGUCUGGUUGAGAAGGAUAAACAUUAGGUUGCAAUUGUGA